AUGGCAAUUUCUUCGGCAACAGCUUCCUCCAAACUCAUAUUAUUCCCCUGUGCAUCAUCUUCUUCUUCAUCAUCAUCCUCUUCCCUUAACUCCACACCCUUCCUCUCCUCCACCACCAACACCCACAAACUAACCCCUCUCUCCUCCUCCUUCCUCCACCGCACCCCUUCUUCCACCACCAUCCCACGCCGCACUUUCACCGUCCGCAGCAAAUUCGAGCGCAAGAAGCCCCACGUGAGCAUCGGCACCAUCGGCCAUGUGGACCAUGGCAAGACCAUCCUUACCGCCACCCUGACCAUGGACCUUGCCACCCUCAGCAAUAACGCCCCCAAAAAAUACGAUGAGAUCGUCGCCGCCCCGGAGGAGCGCGCCCGCGGCAUCACCAUCAACACCGCCACCGUGGAGUACGAGAUGGAGAACCACCACUACGGCCACGCGGACUAUGUUAAAAACAUGAUCACUGGCGCCGCCCAGAUGGACGGCGCCAUAUUAGUCGUCUCCGAUGCCGACGGCCCCAUGCCCCAAACCAAAGAACACAUCCUCUUAGCCAAACAAGUCGGUGUCCCCAACAUGGCUGUGUUCUUAAACAAACAAGACCAAGUCGACGACGAAGAGCUUCUCCAACUCGUCGAGCUCGAAGUCCAAGACCUUCUGAGCUCCUACGAAUUCCCCGCUGACGAAUACCCCCAUUGUCGCGGUUCCGUGUGA